UUUCCGCUUUCCGCUGUCAGGUUUCGGGUGAUCGGGUUGAGUUUACGCUACUCUCCUCUCCGCAAGCGCUCUCGUCGUCCCGUGUUGAUCGUAGCGCGUGUCUCGAUUGCGAUCGUGCACCACUGUACAGCUCGAAACAAAGCUUUCGAGGCGAGAGAAACGGAGAGCAAGUGUAUUUCAGCAGUUCCUUUUUGGGCGUGUAGACACGGGAACAGCAUGGCGACCACACUGGCACGAGCAGUGCAACGGACUACAACUGCGGCACCUUUGGCCUUGACGCACAAGGGCCGGCCCUUGGUGGCAGCGGCGGGCUCGCACGCCUUGAGCAGAAGCAGCUCCUCUAGUGCCUCUGACAAGGAGAAGGAGUCGUACACGACACGGCAGGCGAGGACGGGUAGGCCGGUGUCGCCCCACGUUACCAUCUAUGACUUCCCCCCGGCGGCGCUCUCGUCCAUCGCGAACCGCGUUAGUGGAAUCGCUCUCGUGGCCGGGCUGUACGGCAUCUCUGGAGCUACACUCGUUGGAUGCGAUGCCGCCGGCCUCAUGAGCGCUCUAGGCUCUUCAGGAGUUGGUCCAGCGGUCAAGGUGGCGGUGUCGUUCCCGCUAGUGUACCACUACCUCGGGGCCGUAAGGCACACGGUGUGGGAUUACAUGCCGGAAGCUCUGCAGACGGCCAGCGUGACCAAGACUAGCUAUGCGCUGCUUGGCGUCUCCGGAGCCGUUAGCCUUGGUCUGGCAGCGGUGUAGCUCCUAGCGGCAACAGUCUAUACCCACCCUUGUAUAGAUAUUCUUUGUAGGGUUAUCAAAUCAUCGCAUGCAUACUUGCGAUGGUUGUAUAUUACCUGUCGUGUGUUUGAAGGAUAUGGAUGGUAGUGUCGUUUUGUAGGGAGGGGCACGAGAGGGGGUCAUCCUGCGAGGAUGAUCGUGUGCACGUGUGUGCUUGCACGUGUGCAUGUGUGCUUGGCGAGGAAGCAGUCUGUUGAGUAGCGCGUCAUGUCGCUGGCCAGGCUAGUGGUUCCGGGGUCAAAAGCCGCCCUCGUGGCUACUUUCGUUGCUGAUCUGGAAGUCGAGUCGAGGCCUGCGUGACAGGAUCUAGCCGCUUAUCGAUCGCAAUAGGACUGCCAAUAGUUGCGACGGCUACGGGAGCACGGCUUUGUAGAGGCCGAAGCAGGUGUAUUAGAUACGGCGGCACGCAUUGGUGCAGGAUGGGUUGUGCACAUCUGUGGCACAUAGCGGUAACCGGGAGUGGCUGUUGCAAUGAUGGCUCCAAGACAGAAAAGCAGUGCAAAUUUGCAAGAAACCCAUCAUGAAUUUGUUUGACUGCUGUGUUGGGGCCUCUCUCUCCUCAUGCCCCCGUCGCCAACGACCCCUGCCACACCGUCUGCAAAAUCGCGACAAGACCGCUUGCUUUGAAGAACGUGAGAUGCCAUAAAAACACGAGAACGGCGAUGCGGGAACAAUAUUGAGAACGACGAUGCCAAUUGUCCUUUUCUGUUCGCUGCCAAACACAUUCGCUGUUCUUCCCGACAUGUGGAGUGGAUUGGGUUGGCUCUUGAUCUUCCCAAGUAUGCGGAAGUCCCGUUCAACUGAGCUAGAACAACGGUUGGGGUGGAUAACAUUGCUAAAGCAAUCGACUGCCGCUGGAGAAGCUUGAAGGGUCGAUGCACAAGAACGAAUGCCGUCUGUGUAUUCGAAAAGACGUCGGGGCCGUUUGUUACGAGGUGACUCAACACACCCUUGGCUCGUUGGGGCACGAUGCUCUCUCUCCGUCAACCGUCGAUUUCCAAAGGUCAGCCCCUGCCUAUGCUGUCUUCCUUGCGCAUCACGCUCGAAAAUACAAAAGUAACACGAGCAACCAUCGCCGCUGCAAGGGCUUGCAGCCGCCUCUCCACAAAAUAUGACUGGCAAGCGCUCACUAAGCACGUACCCCGACCCCC